AUGGCCGGAAAUGGUGGAAUGGGUGCGGGUAUGGAUGCAAGUAAUGGCGGAGGUCAGCCUCAGGGAACGGAAUAUACGUUACAGGGUGUCAUGCGCUUCUUGCAGACUGAGUGGCAUCGACAUGAACGUGACCGUAACGCCUGGGAGAUCGAGCGCGCAGAGAUGAAGUCAAGGAUUGGGAGGCUAGAAGGCGAUGCUCGGACAAGUAAGCGGAUGCAUGAAUCUCUAGGGAAGCAUGUACGGAUUCUGGAAAUCGCGCUGAAGAAAGAGAGGGAGAAGACGAGUAAACUCGCCGAAGGGGAGAAACUCGAGCCCGGUGUUGACCCCAAGGAAGUGGCUAAGAAGAGCCUCAAGGCUUUGGAGAAGAAGCAACCGAAACCCUCAUCUGGAUUCGAUAUCAACGCCGAAGACGAAGACUCGAACGCCCAACACGAAAAUGAAAGAGAAAAAUCCCGCCUAUAUCUUGGAAAGUGUACACAAGAAGUUGCUUACCAUGUCAUUCCCGGGUCUCAUCCUCCUCCGGAAUUGAACGAACAGGACUUGAUGAACAAUGAUUACCAACAGCACCAGUUGCAACGACAGCCUUUGGAGAGCGGUUAUCUGCAGGAACACCAACGGCAGCAACAGCAGCCCGUACCACAACAGCAGCAGCCGCAAAAGCAGCAAUUAGCUCAGACACAGCCCCAAUUGAACCAUGUUAAUAUGGUUCGAGAACCAGAAGGCUCCCAACUAAUGAUGCCAACGUAUAACGAAAACGGUGCCCAGGGUCCAACCCAACGGGAAUUCCUCGACAGAAGAUCCCAAGAGCAGCAACGAGCAAACGAAGCCACGCAAGAGGAACGUAACGCCAAUUAUGAAUUCCCCUCCAAGCCAGAAGAACCUUCGCAGGGAGAGAGCAAGUCUACAGAAGCGUUUUCAGGAAAAGAAGAUUUUGGAAAACCACCUACUACGAAUGAGAUUAUUGUUGAUGAGGCUGAUGGUUGGAAUUUUGACGAAGCACCUUCAAACGAGCCCACUCCAGCUCCAGUCACACGCCGUCCGGACACAGAUGCCUUCCCCAGUGCUAACUUCAUCCCUCCCAAGUCCCCCACACGAGGACGUGGGUCAAGGAGAAAGAGUUCUGGCGGGAGAAGACGAAGUGAUGGGCACACUGAUGUCCGUGAGCUAUCUGGAUCGGCUGGACCAAAGGCAGACACGACUAACUUCAAAGUACGCUUUGCUUUGCGCGGACAUUUGGAUGUGGUUCGAUCAGUGAUUUUCACCGGUGGUGGAAGCCCCUCGGAACCUGAAAUUUGUACUUGUGGAGAUGAUGGAACUAUCAAACGAUGGAUAAUACCUGCAACAUACGGCGUCUUUGGUCCCAAUGCUGCAGCCCCAGGUUCCGAUCUUGAUGUCACUAGCUAUUUUACUCAUCGCGGUCACAACGGCUCUGUCACCGCACUCGCAGCCUGUCCGCCCUCUCAAAAUUUCUCUAGCGGUGGACGUGCCACUGGAGAUGGUUGGGUCUUCUCUGGCGGGCAAGAUGCGAGUGUCAGGGUCUGGGAACGUGGCCGAGUUGACCCUAAGGCUACGUUGGAUGGCCAUAAAGAUGCUGUUUGGGCCAUUUGUGUUCUACCAGGAACUUCCAAAUCUGUGUUUGGUGAUCAAUGCAAUGCUAACGGAGGCCCUGACCGUGUGCUCCUUGCCUCAGGAGCUGCUGAUGGCCGGAUAUUGAUUUGGGCAAUAAGCACACCUCCACAGCUAUCGUCACCGCAAAUCAGCUCCAGAAGAAGUGCAGGCGGAAGCAGGCGUGCAAACUCCAUAUCCUCAGGCUCUAAUUUCCCUACUUCCCCCCAACCCAGCACCGCAAGUACAACUGCAUUCCACUACACGCUGGUCCAUCAGAUUGUCCGGAGUGACUGUGCCCCUACUUGUAUUAGCCCUCUGUCAUUGGCCGGUGUCAACUUUGUUGUUUCCUACGCAGAUGCGUCCAUUAUAGUUUAUGAUACCCGAACGGGAGAGGAAAUCGUGGGAAUGGCAAGCCUUGAGACCUACGACGGCACUCGUGCCACCGGCGUUAACGCCGUUGUAGCUAGCACUAUUGGCUUCGAUGGCACAGCUAACUUGGACCCUAACCGAGCCCUCUCAGAAGAAGAGUCCGUCGUCCACGGUGCUACUGGAACUAGCGGUGGUGUUGAAGGUGUUGUCAUCAGUGGUUACGAAGACCGUUAUAUCAGGUUUUUCGAUGCUAACAGCGGUCAAUGUACAUAUACCAUGCUAGCGCACCCAGCAGCAAUCUCCUCUCUUUCACAAUCUCCAGAUGGACGAGAGCUUGUCUCUGCUGGACAUGACGCAAGUUUACGAUUUUGGUCCCUAGAGAAACGAAGUUGUACGCAAGAAAUCACGAGCCAUAGACUAAUGCGAGGUGAGGGUGUCUGCUCGGUCGUCUGGAGUCAAGACGGAAGAUGGGUUGCCAGCGGUGGCGGCGACGGCGUCGUGAAGGUAUUCUCGAGAUAA